AUGGCAGACUCAAAGCCUCCAGCAGGAACCUCCAACUUGGAGCAGGCAGACUAUGACCUCAUGGCUAGCCUUCUGCGCCAGAAUAGUGACUAUGUCCUAUUUAUCAAGAUGGAGUAUGAUAGCAUGCUGAGUGGGCCCCAAGGUUCAUUGAAAUUUGAUUUCGCUGGACUUGGGGAUGGGGGGAAUACCAGUACUCCUUUACCUCCUAUAUCUAAUGAUUCUCCAUUUUCGGGUCUGGGGGGAGGAUAUGGGGUUCCUCUAACUCCAUCGCUGAAUAGGAAUACACACCUUUUACCCCAGGUUCCGAAAAUCUCCUCAUUUUCAGGAGAUGAGUCACCUCAACGUGGUGAAACCACAUAUGAGGGAUGGCGAUACGAGGUCAGGUGUCUAGCAUCUGACAGCACCCUGUCCGAAGAGCUUGUUCUUCAGGCUAUAAGGAAAUCACUCAGGGGUAUCGCUCGUCAGACUCUUAUACCUUUAGGUCCUAUGGCAACUUUGGAUGAAGUUCUGAAAAAGUUGGACACCUUCUUUGGUAAUGUAGCUUCUAAUGAAGUUGUAUUACAGCAGUUCUAUUCUGCUACACAGAAAGAAGGUGAAUCUGUCACCGCAUUCGUGUGCAGACUAGAGGCACUGUUGCAGCUUGCCAUAAACAGUGGACAUGUAAGCCCUUCAGCCAGGGAUGACAUGAUCCGAUCCAAAUUUUGGACUGGCUUGCGCUGCGACAGAUUGAAAGGCCAGACGCGUCACAAGUAUGACUCUAUUAAGUCAUACGACUUGCUGUUGAGGGAGGUUAGAGCGGUAGACCUAGAGCUCAACCCAGCACAGAAAGCGGCCAAUAAGCCUACAAAGGCUAAAGCCCAACACAGCCCUAUACAAGUUUCGGAGAGUGAUAAAAAGCCUGACAAGCUCAGUGAGCAGGUAAGUGCCUUGAUGACCACAAUCAAGUCUCUCGAAAAGAAACUUGAGGGUACUG